AUGGAAGUAAUCAACCAACUUUAUUUUUUGGAAACAAGUCCUGUAUUAAAGUAUUUAAUGUUCAGUGAAAAAUUAGAAAGGCAAUGGCGGGUCAACAGAAUAUUUGAAGAAAGGGAAAAAUAUGUUUGUCUUUCAGUUUUACUUUAUUUGAUCGGAGUAAUUUGUUUCGCCGCUGGUUGGGGUUCGGAACGCGUGGUGCUGCUGUGUGGAACUCAAUCCGUCCCUUUUGUCUCAGCGGAUUGCACGAAUGGAUCAGGUUUGUACACUGCAGCUUUUGGUAUUGUUCUCACUUUCGCCACGGCCAUGUUGUCUGGGCCAGCGGACCGAGCAACAUCCAGUGACAAAGUAGCACUUCAACUCGAACAAGGAGAAAAUAUUGUCUUUUUAUUAUAGAUAACGUUGUUUUAUAAAUGUUUAUAUUUUACUCCGUGUAGGCGUGUACAUGUAUAUAAUAAUA